AUGGAAUUUGUAAAAGGUACUGGUACAGUGGUACUGGUCCUUGGGCGUGAAAAGGAAGGUGUACCGGUGGAUAUCAUACAUGUUCUGGAUGCUUGCCUUGAGAUUCCACAGUUGGGAGUUGUUAGAUCUCUUAACGUUCAUGUCAGCGGCGCCAGUGCUCUGUGGAAGUAUACUCGACAGCAGAGAUCCCAAUAG